AUGAGUAACAAUCUCCGAGUCAUCAUCCGUGAUGGGCAGGUUUAUACCUCUCUUAUCACACAUUCCCUUCCCGAUGUUAUACCUCACGAACCUCCUUGGGAUCCUCACAAAGACUAUGAUUGUUCUCCCGACGAUAGUAAUACGCCACUCACUACUCGCUGGGCAUACGGAACUCGUCCGUGGUUUCCCCUUGUACCUUUGAAUCCUAGCUUCGAUGGGCCGAUCUUUGGAUGCCUCAACCACUCCAGGUUUUCCCUCCUCACAGAGGUAGAUCCAUCGGGAAAGCACAUUCUCCACCGCGAUAUUCAGGCAAAAUGGGUCAACUUAGAGCAGAAACUGCUGGGGUGCCAGGAACGUUUGGGUGCUGGAUUAUUCAUUCCGUGGGGGACUAAACUUCCACGUGCUCCAACUACCUAUGGGUACCAAUGGUCGCAUGCAGAUGCUAGCAUUGCUAAGAAGGUUGCAAUAAGGUCGUGUGAUGCAUUUCUAUUAAUUGCUGCCACCUGCUCAUGGUACAUCAUGAGUCGUCGAUACCAAGGUGCCAAUCAGUGGACGGCUAUCUUAAUGAGUGACCCCCGACAUCCCAUACCCGCUGAAUGGGUUCUUGAGUUGUCGCGCUCAUUCAUUGGAGAUCUGACGACAAAUGUGCCAUGUACGGGAGCCUUGAUCUCUUCCAUUCACUGUCCUUGGCAAGUUCAAUUGCCCAUGUUUGAGAAAUUCUUGCUUCCGAUUUGGGUCCACAUUUCUCAGAAUACUUCUGCCGCCGUUGAUUCUACUUUGCGUCAUUAUAUCCCGUCUCCAGCAGCUAUCGCCCGUGUGACCAAGGAAGCCCAAAGGAAGCAGAUGCCUGACACUUGGGGUCAGCCGGAUGACAGCGCGUGGGGUGAGCCAAACUAUAGUGCGUGGGGUCGACCAGAGGACAACACUCAGAGUGUCCUUAAAUGGGACAAUAGUGCCCUUGGAUGGGGUCAGAACAGUGGGGCACAGCCCGUGUCUGAUGUUCCUGAAGCACAUGCGGACUCUCUGUUCCCAGUCUCCCAACCCCACUGUGGACAGAGGCGAGGAGAAGACUGGAAGGCAUUCUUUGCACGGCGCUGUCAGGAGAACAAGAGGAAAGAGGAGACGGAGAUGCCAGCUCAACGGCAGUCGCGUCAGAGCUCUUUCGUCAAUGCAUCCGUCUCACAAAGGCUGAGAUACCGAUGA